AUGGACAAGAUGAAAUCCCUUCUGUUCUUCCUCCCCCUCGUCCGCUGCGAGGUGCUCUGGAACGGCUUCUUCGAUGAGAACUUUACCGUCGCCCACUUUGACAAAUGGUCCUGGUCCAACCAAAUCCCCCCGUACCAAUGGUACAUCCACGGCUCGCAGCCCACCUCGCACUACCUGGGCCUGUCCGCGGACUUCAAGAACCCGGCUGCCACAAGUGACGCCCAGGGCAUCCGCAUCACCAUUGACGACACCUCCUCUUGGAACGGCCAGACCAUGAUGCGCAGCGAGAUCAUCCCACAGACGACCGCAAACCUCGGCAAGGGCCAUCUCUUCUACCACUUCUCGCUGUCGACGCGGGAGACGAACGCGCCGAGCCCCGGUUUCGAGCACCAGAUUGCGUUUUUUGAGAGCCACUUCACCGAACUCAAAUACGGGCGUCUCAGCGGCGCCACGGAGGACGACAACACGCUGCGCUGGAUGGUGGGCGGGCAGACGCACUGGUCUACGCCGCUGGCGGCGGGCACGUGGUACAACUUCGCGUACGACAUCGACUUUGACGCGGGGACGGUGGGCCUGUGGGUGUCGGAGGGGGCGGCGCCGCUGGCGCGCGCCGUGGAGAACGUGCCGGCGGCGACGUCGACGAACUCGCAGGACUGGCAUGUGGGUGAGCUGAGGUUGGAUAAUGGGGGUGCGAGCGGGCCGGCUGAGGACUGGUUCUGGUCCGGGGUGUAUGUGGAAAGUGGGGAGGUGACUACGGGUGUGGCUGGGCCUGUUUAG